UUGACGUGUUUAAGUCGGCUCUCCUGCAUUCCUCUCCUCUCGCUACAGCCUGGCCGAUAGAGACAGAAAGAAAAGGGGGGGAGAAAACACACAUUAUUAUUCACAAUCGUGUUGGAUUUUUAUGAACCACGGAGUCGACUCACACAGGGAAAAUCAGGCCACCAAACGUACCCCAGUCAAGACGGCUCUUUCGGACCUACAGUACCGAAAAAAACAUGUUUUAUUUUUAUUUAAAUAACCAGACUUUACGUCGGUGUAAUUGUACAUAGAUCAGCUAUCGAAAAGCAGCUUUGGUGGAACAGCUUACAGCUUUUUUUCGCGGCGGAUAUAUAUCCUUUUAAAAAAUGAGGAUUUGCAAGAUGGCUGAUGACAGCUAGCCCCAACAAGGACAGAAACGCGACGUCCCCUUUAAGAUCAGGAGGGUAUAUUUUUGUAUUUUUAUUAGUUGAAUAUAUAAAUAUGGCUGCCUGGAAAAAAUAUGACUAUAGCCUAUAUUAGCAACCUCCGCACUCGUUUGGAAAUGGACUCUAUCUUGUGUUUAUAUGUACCUGUGCUGUGGUAGAAAAUGGUGAGGUGACGUCUGAGGUAAUUUACGCGAUUUAAUUUAGAUAAGGAAGUAGAUAAAUAUGUUGUCGGCUAAAGGCUGAGGCUUCAAUGGGUGUAUAAGAUGGACACCAAAGUAUAAAGGUAGGAUACGUCUGAAAAAUAAUAACCUUUGUGUGAGUAGAGAUUUGAUAGAUGUGUUGGAGGGGGGGAAGCAAACGGCUCCGCAAUAGCAGCCAACAUUCCUGCGGAUCCUAAAACCCUUUGUUUUGUGCGCAGGAGCUGGACUGGACCAUUAAAACGAUUAACUAUGCAGUAAACAGCCUCGAAAUGAUGGCCUGGGUAUGAUUUUCACUUUAAUGAGAUUAUAGGGCCUUUUCGUCGAUAGAAAACUGGUAGAAAAGCCGAGGCCUUGUGUACAGAUAUGCGAACUGUGCCACAUAGCUGACGUUAUUCAUCAAAUAGAAAUGUCUCUUUUAUGUCUAAUUGAUGGACCGGGGCUACCUGUGUUAUCCAUUUGACCAGUACAACAGCAUUUAUUGCCUACCAAGCCGUUGCUGGUUGUAUGUGUAGAGAAAUCACUGGCGGGGUCUCCUUGAAUACUUAUUUAUGAUUCAUCGGACAAAAGCAUUGCGCUGCGUUGUGAUUAUUGAAGGAAUCAAGCGUCCUUGAGGGCUCGAUGAAACAGAUUCCCGUUUUAAAAGCGUCCUGUGUGUGAAUAGUAAUCAGGGUGUGGGCUCCAGCGGUCCUUUCUAAUGCUUUUCAUGCUUCGUUUGUUGGUCUGAAUUAGUCCACAGUCAAUCAUAAUCCGACGUUUAAGUGGGGGAAGCUCUUAAGGUAAGGGCCUGAGCUGGCAGCAGAAAAGAUCAAGAGUCUUUUCAUGUGUCACACAGAGACAGAUUUAUCUCGUGAUUGAAUGUUAUUGUGUAGAUAAUGAAUUCUCUGUGCCUUGUUUGCAUUUUCAUGGUUUACCUGUAGCACACGGGCUUUUGGUUACCAACAGGCCUAUAAACACACACACUGAAGCUGUGAAAGCAGGCCCUGUGUGAUUUAGAGGAACGGAAAGCAGAGUUUCCUGUAAUCUGCAUAACGUCAGCUUCUGUUUUAUGUGCUGAAAUUACCAAGGUGUUGUCAUUGCCUGAGGCCUUCUCUUGGUCAGGAUUUUUUUUUUUUUUUUUUCCCCCUUGCAUUCUUGCUGCAUUUAUAAGCAAUAUUCAUCUGUCAGGGAGAUUUGUCUGAUUUGGCCACAAGGGUUGAUAUAAAAAGACUAAUCUUUCAGGACAGCAUCAGGCCGUUUUAUCUUUUCUAUCACAGCUCAUUCUGAGAAAGUGUCAGGUUUCAUUAGCUAGGCAGAGACCUAGAGGUCUGGGAGAAGUGGAAAACUCUUUGUGUAUGCCUGCUUGUGCCACGAUGGCCUCUGACAUGGCUGAGACGUGGAGGAACUGUUUUGAGGAGGAGCUCAUCUGCCCCAUCUGCCUGCACGUGUUCUCGGAUCCCAUCCAGCUGCCCUGUAAGCACAACUUCUGCCGGGGCUGCAUCAGUGAGGCCUGGGCCAAAGACUCCUCACUGGCUCGCUGCCCCGAGUGCAAUCAUGCUUACACACAGAAGCCCAGCCUGGAGAAGAACCACAAACUGUCCAACAUAGUUGAAAAGUACAACGCCCUGAGCGUGGAGAAGGCUACCACGCCAGCCCUGCAGUGCAUCCUGUGCCGCCGAGGCCCACCGCUCCCAGCAGUUAAGGUUUGCCUGCGCUGCAAUGCCCCGUGCUGCCAGUCUCACGUCCAGACACACCUGCAGCAGCCGUGCUCAGCCCUGGGGCACCUGUUGGUGGAGGCGGAGGCAGUUAAGGCCUGGACCUGCCCGCAACAUGAUGAAUACAGGCUGUACCACUGCGAGGCCGAGCAGACAGCAGUGUGUCAGUACUGCUGCUUUGCCCGCUGCCACCCCAGCCACGGCCACGCCGUCACUGACGUGGAGCUGCGACGCAACGACAUCAGACAAAACCUGUUAAGACAGCAGGAGCACGUGGAGGAGCGAGUGCAAGAGAUUGAAGAGCAGCUUUGCAAACUGGACUCUGACAAGUGUGUGGUGGAGGACAGGGUGUGCGAACUGAAAGAAGAAGUUCGCCUGCAGUACCAGCGGAUGCACCAGCUCCUCGAGGAGGAUCUCGGCCGAACACUGGAGGCUUUGGAUCAGGCUCAGGCUCGGUUUUGCCAGGAAAAUGCGGCCCAGGUUUUGGCUCUUGGAGAACAGCGACAUGAAGCACAGAAGCUGCUGAGCUCCAUCCACACUGCUUUUAGUAAAGCCGAGGAACUGAGCUUCAUGAAAAACACCAAGCCUGUUAAAAUCCUCACAGACAGGUCUCAGGCAUGUGUGGGCAGCAGUCUCCCUCCUUACAAAGUCGGGAAUCUCAACUCUAAACUAUUUCUUUCUGAGAUCUCUAAAAGAGAGAAGAGCUUAAAAAGAACACUUGAAGUUCCCCUCACUCCUCCAUCAACGUUUCUGCAGUCCGUUCCUGCGUUUCCCAGCGGUCAUAGCUCGGGAUCUGGAGCAGAGAAACGGAAACAUUCCACUGCCUUCCCAGAGGGAAACGGGAGCGCUGGGAAAAACGCAGCUCCAGGUUUUAAAGACUCUUCCUCAUCUUCUUCCUCGUCGUUAGCCAAACAGCCCUACCUGAGCUCCAGUUCUGCCUCUGGAGAAGGCCAGUCCACCAAUCAACAGCCUCUCGGCCCCUGUGCCCCACCUCACAUCAGCGAGAGUGGCAGCACAGGAAGUGGAAGUGGUUCGUUGACCAACCACCAUUCAGGCUCCGUGUUUGGUUCCUCACACUUUCCUCCCGGAGGCAGCGGCUCCUCUCACUCCUCCCAGCAGGCUGUGCUGCCACAGUACGGGGGCCGAAAGAUCCUAGUGUGUACUAUGGAUAACUGCUACUGCUCCGGAGUGCCAUCCGUGUCAGGCCACCGCAGCCAUCCUCCGUACCCACGUUCAGGUUCCUUUCCCUGGGUCAGCCCCCAGGACUACCCCCCUCCUCCUGGUCUGGCCUCUGGAGGUCCAUCCAUGCAGGGCUUGGCAGUGAGGGACUGGAUAGAUGCCUCACAGACGCACAGACAUGCAGAUUUCUAUGGGCUGUAUGGGCAGCCUUCUACAAAGCACUACGUCACCAGUUAACACAGCAGACACACACACACACACACACACACACAAAAGAGACAGCACCAAAAUAGCACACCUUUACCAACUUAUUAACUGGGGGGGAAAAAAAUGCAAAUACACUAUACACACACUAGAAUAAAUGUUUAUAUCUGUACACGCAUUCGGGGGCAGGGUUUAUCUCUUUGUGUUUUUCUUCCUUACUUUAUUUUCAAUCAGUGAUUCAUGUAUUGUAUUAUAGGUGAAAUGGAUACGCAGCCAGCUGCUCACUCUGGCACAGCUCGGCUCACCAUUCAACACAUAAACAAAAAAUAAUGAGGGGCCUGUAAAGGAGAAGAUGAGAUGCAGUUUUUUAAUUUUAUUUAUAGAGUAGGGGACUGAUUGGAAAUGGACUGUUUCUAGAAAAUGUUUUCAUGCUUCCUCAAGGCUUCUCACUGAGGCUAAAGGGAAGAGUUAUAAUACCGUGCAGUGUUGAGCUCACUGAUAUAAUUGCCCCUCCAGUUAUACUGAGGCCAAAUGCCUUAUGUUAUUAGCUUCAUAUUUUUCUCCACAUAGCUGACUUUGAUAGAUAGAUCCUUUAAAGAGGGACCACAGUUCCUUCCUGUCUCUUGAUUUUUAUCAACUUGGCACUUAUUCCUUUGCUAAGUUCAGGGAUGGAUUGUACAGCUUGAACACAAAAGGCUCUUCCAUUGGAACACCCACAAUGCACUUGUGGAUGCCUUCCUAUGCCAGGACUGCAGAUGCUGACCUGCGGAGGGAAAGCAGAGUUGCAUCAGGGCUGGUUAACUCCAGUCCUGGGUAUUUGAGAAUUCUGCACCUUUCUACAACUAGCGCUCCAUCCUGCUGCCAUAGAAGGACAGAAAAUAUUAAGACUGUAUCCAUUUUGUGAUUACUAUGGCUUUGUGUUAUUUGGUACAUUUACAUGUGUCAUGCUUGUCUACAGAGACUAUUUGAUUGUAGAGAAAAAAAGGCAAGACUGAACAGACCAAACUAAUCAAGCAUUUGGAUGAUCUAAUGAUGCUGUAAUUGUAUUUCCUGCAGGGCAAAGAUGUCACUUCCUCUCAAUAAGCACACAAGGUCUUGGCUUCCUGAUUGCAGCUAAAAGCAUGCAAGGAAGAGAUUUUUUUUUUGUUUUGUUUUGUUUUUGUUUGUCUUUUUGUUUGUUUUUAGGCACUCAAAAGAAGAACAAUGAGGGAAAAACUGUAAGCCGUUUUAAAAAUGAGUGUAUGAACAAAACAGCUGGUGGGAGGAAACUUUUUCAUGAACUUUUUUUAAAAGAGUAAGACUGGACUGAAAGAUGAAAGAACGGUUCUUUAUCCUAAAAAGGAGCUGUUACAACAGCCAACAUUUACAGAAAAAAAAUCUUUUUUGUAAAUAUUUUGUGAAAUGGAAAAAUUACAGAUGUGAUUUGGAGAAGGGUUCCAAAUAAACAAAUUUAAUCUGG